CAUUUUAUUUUGUAAUUUUGUACUUUUGCAGUAUUAAUUAGAUGAUUAAGUGAUAUUAUUACUGAAAAUAUUAAAAAAAGGAUAAAUGAUAUUUAAAAUUACUAAAUUCAAAACAAUUUCUUAUCAUUUCAUCCAGUAUUAUUUAAAUAAAAUACUAUAUUAUACAUCUAGGAAAUAUAGAGGUUCGACUAUAUAUUUCUGCCUUUUAAAAUUCUUGACACUAUAAAUUUCUAAAUUUCUUAUAGAUUUAUAGAUAUAAUUUUCAAUUGAUUCUACUGAUACGCAAUAAGCUAUUUUAUUUCUUGACAAUGGAUAAUAAUAGCAGUGUCAUUGCUGGAAACUCAGUAGUAUUUUUGGAUAUUGAAAUUGCCCAAGAAAAAAUUGGACGUAUUGUCAUUGAAUUGUUUAAUGAUGUAGUGCCUAAGACUGCUGAAAAUUUUAGAGCUCUUUGUACUGGUGAAAGAGGUAAUGGUUUAUCAGGAAAGCCACUGCAUUUAAAAGGGUCAUUAUUCCAUCGAGCUGUUCCAGAAUUUAUGAUCCAGGGUGGUGACAUUACUGCUGGUAAUGGAUCUGGCGGUGAAAGUAUAUAUGGUUUGUUUUUUGAGGAUGAAAACUUUAAAUUGCUGCAUGAAGAACCUGGAGUCUUAAGUAUGGCAAACACAGGCCAUAAAAAUACUAAUAACUCCCAAUUUUUCAUCACAACUGCUCCAUGUUCACAUUUGGAUGGUAAGAAUGUUGUUUUUGGAAAAGUGAUAAAAGGAUUUUGUGUAGUUCAAACAAUUUCUACCACUACUACUAAUAAUGAUAUCCCUAUUAAUCCUUGUAUAAUCACAGAUUGUGGUGAGCUAUCACGUGAUAGUAAUACUUGGAAUAUUAAUGAAAAUGAUGCAACCAGUGAUGUUUUUCCCCCUUUCCCCGAAGAUUGGACUGUUCAGCCAGUUGAUCUUGAUGUUAUACAAAUCUGUGAUGUUCUAAAUAAAAUCAAAGAAUCAGGAAACCAAUUUUUUAGCUGCAAAAAUUAUUCAUGUGCUAGACGAAAAUAUGACAAAGUGUUACGAUAUUUUGAAUGGUAUAAAAGUUAUCAUAAAAAUUCUAAAAUGGACUUUAAAACGUUGGAAACUAUACAAACAAAUACAUUGUUAAAUUUGUCCACUGUUCACUUGAAAGAAAAAAAUUACAAAAUUGCAAUUGAAUUAUCAGAACAAGUUUUAAACAUAGAUUGUAAUAAUGGAAAGGCUUUUUUUCGCCUUGGUAAGGCAUUUGGUUCACUCAAUAAUUAUGAAAAAGCAAUAAAAUAUUACAAGCAAGCUUUAGACAUUUUUCCAAAUGAAAAAAAUAUUUUAUCCGAGUUAAAAAGAGUAAAACAAGCUCAAAAGCAAUAUUUAGUAAUGGAAAAAAAACUUUACUCAAAAAUGUUUUCAUCUUAGGAAAAUAGAUUUUAGAAAAUAAUAUAUUAUAAUUAUACUUUUAAGCAAAUUACUCUUUAUUGUUGAUGAAGUAAAGGUGGUUUAAUU